UUGCUGUGAUUAAUUGUUUCAAUUUACGAAGAUAUUAAUUUGUUCGACGAUUAUUGAACCGGAAUCUGCGGAAAGUUUAUUCGUUCUGCUAUAUCAUUGGUUGUUUUGCCGAGAUUUGUUCGUUUGUUCGCUACGAUUUUCGUGAAAAAGGCCAAUGGAAAGGUAUCGUGUUCCGGUAUGCCAGUACUGCGGGGAGGAGUUUGAGACAGGACAAGAAACUGUACAGAAUGAAACCUGUCCACAUACUUACCAUCGCGAGUGCGUUAAAAGCUUAACUGAGCAACGUACGCCCGCCGGCAAUUUCCGCUAUCUCCCCGCAAAAUGUCAACAUCGAAGUUGCGGUGCGGUUUUGAUUCGACAACACUAUCACAGUGUUAUUUUCCGCUACGAGACGCCCGAAAAUAUUUGCACCAACUCUGGACACCGGCAUAGAAUCGCGAAUCUUAGCGACACGAUUGAUUUCCAGGGUGAGCGCAUCAAUGCAUUAAAUGAUUCGCUUCGUGAUACGGUAGCGCAGAAUGAAAUUAUGACCGGAAGAAUCGCAGAUCUGGAACGCGAAAUUACUCGACUUAGGCGACCAGCGCAAGAUUACCAAGAUUUCGAAGACGAUCUCAACCGUCGAGAUAACGAUGACGACGACGAUAUCGCCAAUGCACAGCAGCAAAUGGUAAAUUACGAUAAUCGAGCUGCUGGAAAUGAAAAUCAGGACGAUCAAGCUCCAGAGAAUUACGCAAAUGACGAUAACGCAGCCAACGAUUGCCAAGACGUCGAUGAGCGCAACGACCUUAAUGAACCAAUUGAUCAAGCAUUUGCUGAAGGAUUUGUUCAAACGAACGAAGAACGUGAGAUGCAACGCCGUAUGGACCAAGAGCGAGAUGCUCAAGAUGGUGUGAUUCCAGAGCCGGUUCCAGCUUCGGUCAAUGCUCCAGCUCCAUCCGCUCCUAAUCUCGACGAUGUAAACCUCGAGGAGCCUCACCCAUCGAAUUCUGGACCAGUUUUAGUAGCGCCAGAGCUGGGAGAAGUAGGAAACGUUGCCGGACCGUCUCGAUUUCGCGAGCCUUUCCGGCCUAGUACACGUAAUGUUUUCUCUUCAUUUUACAACUCCAGUAACGUCUUGGUAAACCACGUUAUGCGGAAUGCAACCAAACAGCGCAAUGAUCAUCAACCUCGUGACCAACCGCUGCUAGAUGAUGAAGACGCCCCGUACGAAGACUUCAGAACGAGGCGCGAAAUACGCGUCUACGAUGGUGGCGUCCAGAGCGCUGUAUUUCCACAUCGACGUGGAAAUAUUAUGGCUAUUUUGAACCAGUCUGGCUAUACUUUCAACCCGCAGAUUCAGCGCGAGCUUCGUCACGAGUAUACUCUGCAUAGCCAGCAGAUGUAUUCUUCAGUUUAUACGAGCUGGUCACCGGACGACCGCCGUCCAACCACCCAUAUUUUCCUGAACGGAUGGUGGGUGAUUGGCGACGGUCUUGCCCACGGUGUUGCGAGAGAACCGCUGAGACGAGAUCCAACGUUAAAGAGUCGCUGGGACCGUAGCCGCUUCGCAGGAAGUUUUCUUUCGGCCAAACGUCUGCGACACAACAUCCAACAACAUGCCCGCAACAUCCCACGGUUCUGCGUAGUGGCCAUGGGAGGACACGACCUAACGCUUGAGUCCGAGCACACGGCCAGAAUAAACACGUCAGCGUUGAUUCAAUUUUUGUUAGACCAACGCGUGGAGCGAAUUCUUAUCCUCCCGAUAAUCAUCGCUGAUCGACGACCAGAUGCGGAGACUCGUCGAUCUUAUCGCGAAUGGCAGCGAGGAAUUUUGCCUCAAUUAGACAGAUCCCGCGUUACCUAUCUGCAAUUUUUGGAAGAAACAGUAGAUCGCGUCCAGCCUUACCAUGCCGACCUCGCCGGCAUCAUAUAUGCGCAUCCGUUCGUACAUUUCGAUAUCAUUUACCGUUUGGCUCAUAUGUUGCGUUAUUUCGAUUAAUUCUAUACCCGGUAUUUGCGUAAAUCUUUCGUUUUCUAUUUUUUCGUUGCUUGAAUUUGUGAAUUUUGUUAUUUUUUCUAUCUUUUCUAUUUCUAAGUUUGAAAUGAAGACAUGGCGGUUCGGCUGAGCAUUCGAUAUUACCUCCACGUUAAAGCCUGUUAUUUUCGAUACCCUCUUUACUCUUUUUACAUGUCUUCGUGUAUUAUUUCUAUUAAUUUGGAUUUUUAGUCGCAUUUUUCUUUCUAACAGGUAUUUACGAAAUUACCAGUUUAUAUUAGUUCUAUUAAUUCUAAGUUCGUUAUUUUUUGAGUUUUGAAUUACCUAUUCAAAUAUUAUUUCUACUGGUUCUAUGUUAUAUUGAUUCUAUUAUUAUUGCGAUUUGAAUAGCUGUGAGUUAUGUUCCUUUUGUUGUGCCGAAGAUAAAAAUAAAAAAGAAGAUGGCAUGAAUAUUAUUGUUUCAUUUUUUCAAUUACAGCUUCAAUUAAUUCAAUUACUUACAAUGCGAAAUCAACAUAACUAGAAAUGCACAUCUCUAAGAGUAAUUCAUUAUAUCGUAUCAUUUCGAAAGAAAAGAUUCUACUUGAGUUCUUAACCUGUAAAUAAUUAUCAUUUAAUAUGUUCAAGAGAAUGGUGAUACUACGAUACGUCGUUUGAAUAAUAAUA